AUGGCAAAGGCAUACGAUCGUAUGGAAUGGUCGUUCUUGAGGUGUAUGUUGGAAUCUCUGGGUUUUGCUACGGGAUGGGUCAACUUAAUUAUGCUCUGUGUUACUACUGUCUCCUAUAAUUUCUUGAUUAAUGGGCUAGUAGUGGGCAGGUUGUCCCUACUCGUGGUUUACGCCAGGGCUCAGUUGUCUGGGUCUAUUCAUGGCUGUAGGGUAGCACGAGGUGCGCCUCCUAUCUCACAUCUUUUCUUUGCACAUGAUAGUCUUCUUUUCUUCAAGGCAAAUGCCCAAGAGGUUGAGGCGGUGAAGCAAUGUUUGGAUCUCUAUGAGGGUAUGUCUAGCCAGGCUGUAAACUACCAUAAAUCUAGUGUUUGUUUCAGCAGAAAUACCCCACAGGAUAUGAGAGACGUGGUGGCUGGAGUGCUGGGGGUACCUCAAUCUUCCAAUUUUGGAAAGUAUUUGGGACUACCAGCAUUUGUAGGAAGGAAUAAACGUGCUGCUUUCUCAUAUAUUGAGGAUAAAAUUAAACAGAGAAUCUGUUCAUGGAAUAAGAGAUUAUUGUCACAGGCUGGUAAGGAAAUCUUGUUGAAGAGUGUGGCUCAAGCAAUGCUAACCUUCUCAAUGACUGUGUUUUUACUCCCUGAAUCAGUUUGCCUGUCUGUGCAGAGAACCAUGAAUAAGUAUUGGUGGGGGUCUGGCACGGAGAGGGGUUUACACUGGAAGGCUUGGGAUCGUCUAUGUGUGCCAAAGAAGUUUGGUGGUUUGGGGUUUAAAGAUCUCAGGGCUUUCAACUUGGCAAUGUUGGGGAAGCAGGCAUGGCGUUUCUUAACAAUGCCCAACUCCUUAGUGGCAAAGGUUUAUAAGGCAAGGUAUUAUCCUAAAUCCUCUUUUAUUGAUGCCUCUGUGGGUAAUUGCCCAAGUUUUUGCUGGAGAAGUAUUAUGGCUGCACAUAGUAUUCUUUGUGGAGGUGUUAGACGUAGAAUUGGAAAUGGAAAGUCAACGUUUAUUUGGGGUCAUCCUUGGCUACCAGAUACUGGGGACCCAAUGAUUAAUACGCCAAUGCCACCCCAGCUGAAUGGUGCUCUUGUCUCUGGUUUGAUGGAUGAGGAUUCCAACACCUGGGAUCACUCUAUACUUAUUUUUGCCUGA